GUGUGUGCAGAAAGAGAGAGAGAAAGAGAGAGUUCACGCUGGAUGGUUUGUUAAAAGUUUCGGGGAUGUUCGACACCCCGUGAACCCGCUGCUCGCUGGUGUUCGCCGCAGUGGCUGACAGGGAAAGCACAAGAGUAGGCGCGCCGAAAGGAAGGACCCAAGAGCCAGCAUGCAGAUACAUGUGGUGGCCCUGUUGCUGGUGCUGGGGGCGUGGCUCUGCAGUGCGCCCGUGGUGGUCAGGGUGCAGGACAGGCAGCGAAGGCAAGCAGGAGGCGGGGGUGAUGCUGAUGAUGGCAACGGAACAGAGGGGGAGGCUGGAGGACAAGGUGGUGUGACAGGAGGUGUUGUGGGGGCAGGGGGUGAUGCUGGUACAGAGGCCGAGGCUGUGGCGCUGGAAAAUGUGAUUGAUGGUGCUGUGGGGGCUGGAAAUGGCGCUGGGGCUGUGGGCGAGGCUGUGGGGCUGGAAAAUGUGACUGAUGAUGCUUUUGGGCUAGAGAAUGUGACUAAUGAUGCUGCAGGGCUGGAUAAUGGAACUGACGAUGCUGUGGGGACUGGAAAUGUCUCUGGGGGUACGCGUGAGGCCUUGGGGCUGGGUAAUGUGACUGGCAAUGGUUCUGAGGCUGAGGAAGGGACUGUGGGGCUAGAGAACGUGACUGGGGUGGUUGAGGACGCUCCUACACUUCCGUCUAACCUGGCAGCUGAUCCUACAAUGUUUCCCCCACCAACCAGCGCACCUCUAGGCCUCACAGAUAAUGUUACACUGGGUUCCCUCGAGACUACCACUGUUGCUAUUAGAAUUACAAUCGACACAACCACAACAACACCCAUCACUAGUACGCCCCCACCCACCACUAGUAUGUCCCCACCCACCACUAGUAUGUCCCCACCCACCACUAGUAUGCCCCUACCCACCACCACCACAACCCCUGCCAGCACCACCACUACCACCAGUCCCACUAUCAGCACCAACCCUUCACCUUCACCACCAAGCACCACCUCAAACAGCACCCUUCCACCACCUCCCAGCACCGCCACAAUCACCACCACUGCAACUUCCUCAGUUCGCUCAGUUGGCAACCUAAUUUACAGCAUGUGGGGCUUUAUUCUCGGCGGCUUGCUGACCUACCUCAGCAUCAGCGACACCUUUAGGGUGCCGUUCAUCCGGGUGGUGGACAACUGGCUUGGGCCUCACAGCCGCCGCCGUCGCCGCCAGACCUUAGAGGAAGGACUCCAGGCCUAUGUGUCCACCACCUUCACUACUUUCACUAAUGCAAUAGAUAGAAUUAAUGCAAUUGCUGACAUAAUUAAGUCAUAGCAGAGUAGGGUGAAUAAGGAGCACCAGGUAACUUACACCAUACAACAUUUAAUGACUGAAGGUGUAAAACUACAAAUAUAUGUAUAAAAGUAUCAAAAUAUAUUCUCACCAUAGUA